AUGCCACCCACUAUUCUCUCAGAUGAUGAGGGUGAAACUUGUAUUGCUGUACAUCUAGUCCGCAAAUACAAACCUACUGCUGUGUCCCUUGAUUCAGUGGAACCAGCAACUCUUUCCUUCCAGAAGAAGGCUGUCAACAACUUUUGUAUUGCUGAGGCUGCACAAUGCACCAAACAAUUAGAAUGUACUGAACCAUCAUCUGUGGCAGGCCCUUCUCAGGAUCCAACUUCUGCCACAUCUAAGACUGCCACGCUGCCAACUUCACAUGUCCCCAACCAGAUGAAAAGAGUACAUGCUGACUUAGAGGAGAUUUUUGAGAAUGACAACAAUGACAUGGAGAUGUGGGAAAGUGCAUAUAUUAAUUUAAAUAUUGAGGGCCAGGAGGAUGUUGACAUUGAUGGUAUCCCCAUUGGUGUUGAUGUCCAAUCAAUUGUUGAUGCUUUUGCAACUGAAGGUGUCAAUGAGUUCAUGGGCUCUGUGAUGAAUAUUGAUGACCAGGACCUUGUGAGUAAGAUGGAGGGGUUUGCUAUCCAGGGGAUGAAAGGUAGGGAUCAUUUUUUCAAAGACUUGCUUUCCACUGACUGCAUCUAUUAG